AUGAGUGUACACCCAGUUAAAGCUGGCCCUGUUGCUCCAGCUGCCCCUGCUGCCCAGCCCUGCCCCAGCUCCAGCCCAGCCCUGGCCCAGCCCAGCCCCCAGCCCCAGCCCCAGCCAGCCCCAGCCCAGCUCCCAGCCCAGCCCGCCAGCCCUGGCCCAGCCCGGGCUCAGCCCCGCCCAGCCCUGGCCCAGCCUGGCCCAGCCUGGGCCCGCUCAGCCCAGCUGCCCGGCCCAGCCUGCCCCAGCCCCCGCCCCAGUCAGCCUGCCCAGCUGGCUCACCAGCCUGCCUCAGCCCGCCCAGCCUGGCUCAGCCUCACCAGCCUGCUCAGCCCCAGCCCGCCCCUGCCCGCCUGGCCUGGCUCAGCCUGGGCUCAGCCUCCCAGCCUGCUCAGCCUGCUCAGCCCGCCCAGCCUGCUCAGCCUCCGCCUGUGCCUGGGCUCAGCCCAGCCUGCCCAGCUCAGCCUGCUCAGCCUGCCUGUCAAAGCUAGCCUGGCUCAGCCUGCUCAGCCUGUUGCUAAGCCUAAAGCUGCUAAAGCUAAGCCAGCUAAAGCUUGUUUAAAGCUAAGCUAA